GCGCCAAGUGGUGCAGUACUUAGAAGGGGAUGUUCCUUUAUCGGACUUAUCAGCACUAGGCCUGACUGCCAGUGGCCUAACGUUUGCCCAUGGCGGGACCUAUCCGUCUUCCAUGGAUAAGGCAUACACGCAUUCCUCUUCAAUUGCAGAAUCCCUACUUUCAGGAGGUCGAUGAACCUUAAACUUUUGUACGGAAUAUAUUGUUUGUGUUUUUCUCUAUAUGGUUGUUACCAGAAAUGUUCAAGUCGCUUCUCUCAUUGUGCAAACAGAUUUAUUCAUGUCCUUUCUUGCUUCGUUCAUAUCCCAACAGCUGCAUUUUCUGGAUUUCUUCUUUCUUGUGCAGCCUUUUAUACAUGUGGCUCCCAUUCUUUGGUUUGAUAGACUUUUCCAAUUCCGUGUUGCGUCGGUUGCGUCUGCCAUGGCCAUCGAUCUUUCUGCUUUUGGCUCUUUCCCACUUCCAGCUCUUGUGGGUUCUUCUGCUGAUGGUGCUGGUACUCCUCCUUCUCUUUCUUCAGCAACGUUCUUCGAUAUUUUUUGCUUUCCCCGUAGUGCAGACGGUAGCCUAUUCCCAAAAAAUUUCAUGGCUUCCGAAAAUUAUGUCCAGUCCUCAAUCCCUCAUUUUGAUGGUCAUCAUUACGACCAUUGGAGUAUGUUGAUGGAGAAUUUUCUCCGGUCCAAAGAAUAUUGGACCAUUGUUGAAGUUGGAGUUCCAGAACUAGCGGCAGAAUUCGAAGUUCUGCAGAUGCAGAUUGGUGAAUCUGUAGAUGAUUAUUUUGCAAGGACGAUGGCUAUUGCAAACAAGAUGAGGAUCCAUGGUGAAAAUCUGGAGGAUGUUGCUAUAAACUCAUUGUUAAUUCAUGAGCGGAAGAUAAAUCGCCAAGACAAGCAAGAGCAAGCAGUGCAGACUUCGCAGACACAAGCCUUGCAGACCACAGUUAAUUCAAGGGCUGUAGGUCAAGGAAAAGAAAACUGGAAAGGCAGACCAAGAUCUGGUAUACUGAGAUCUGACAAAUUGGAGGAAAGUUCAGCUAUUGGAAUUCAGAAGAGGUGGCAGAACAGAAAUUAUCAAGUUGUAGAUAACAGAUCCAAAUCUGCAGGAAAGGCAAAUAUUGAAUGCUUCAGAUGUCAUAACAAUCACAUGUGUGGAGACAAAUCUGCGUUUUCAGAUUUGGAUGAGUCUUGUCAAGACAAGGUGAAAUUUGGUGAUAAUUCCACUAUUGCAGUCAAGGGAAGGGGAAAGGACACAGCUUGGUUAUGGCAUUGCCGAUUUGGACAUCUUUAUUUUGGUGGGUUGAAAGCUUUGCAACAGAAGAAGAUGGUAAAUGGUCUUCCUCAUUUUGAUUCUCCUUCAGAAAUUUGUGAAAUAUGCAUGACCAAGUCAGAAGCCUUAGCAGCCUUUAAAAAUUUCAAAGUCUUAGCUGAGAAUGAGGUUGGCAGAUCUGUAAAGGUUCUGCGUACAGAUCGUGGUGCCUAUACACCUCAGCAGAAUGGUGUAUGUGAGAGGAGGAAUCACACAAUCAUGAAUAUGGUGCGAAGUUUGAUGUCAAAGAGCGGCUUGCCUAAAGAGUUUUGGCCAGAAGCUGUUAAUUGGAGUGUUCAUAUCUUGAACAGAAGUCCCACAUCUCCAUUUCCAGAUUUGACGCCAGAAGAGGCUUGGAGUGGACAUAGACCUGUUGUUGAUUACUUCAGAAUUUUUGGGUGCAUAGCAUAUGCACAUGUGCCAGAUCAGAAAAAGAAAAAAUCUGGGCAACAGAUUUCUGCAGAUUUCGAAAAUGGAGAAGAUCUGACUGUGCAGAACUCAGAAGGUCAAACUUCAGCCGAUCUCGAGGUUUCAAGACAAACAGUUGAAGAAAUUCUACCUACAGAAGUAGAGUUCAGUAUUGGAGGAAGUCUGCCAACAACACUAGAAUUGGAAUUUGGAACUAGUUCCAAACCUCAACGCAAAAAGAGAAGACCAGCAUGGUUGGAAGAUUAUGAGGAAGUUCUGGACAGAUUUCAAAUGAAGAACUGCAAUUCUGUUGCUACACCAGUUGAUAAAGGUGUAAAGCUCGUGAAAGAUCCAGGAGGCAAAUCUGUGGAUAGCAAACUGUAUAAGCAGAUUGUUGGAAGUUUGAUGUAUCUGAUAGCAACAAGACCAGAUAUAAUGCAUGGUGUAAGUCUGAUUAGUAGAUAUAUGGAGCAUCCAAAGGAGUUGCACUUGCAGACUGCUAAAAGAAUUCUCAGGUAUUUAUGUGAAACUGCAGAUUUUGGACUAUUCUACAAGAAGGGUGACCAGACAGAUCUCGUAGGCUUUACUGACAGUGAUUAUGCUAGAGAUUUGGAUGAUAGAAAAAGCACUUCUGGGUUUGUUUUUAUGUUGGGAUCUGGUGCAAUUUCAUGGUCUUCAAAGAAGCAGCCCAUUGUGACUUUGUCCACAACAGAAGUAGAAUAUGUGGCAGCAACUUCUUGUGCUUGUCAAGCUAUUUGGUUGAGAAGAAUUAUGGAAGAACUUGAGCUGAAUCAACAUGAGGCCACUUCAAUUUAUUGUGAUAACAGUUCAACUAUCAAGCUUUCUAAAAAUCCAGUUUUGGAUGGGAGAAGCAAGCAUAUACAUGUGAGGUAUCAUUUCCUGCGCAACUUGUCUUUUAAAGAGUCUCCUAAGGGUAGAGCCUUUGCUCUUUGUAGUAGUUUGGGUUACUUCAAUCUUGCUAUCAAGCUCAUCAAGAUGUUGCUCCCUCACCACGAGCUGAUUGUGUCUGACUGUUUUGCCAAGUUUGAGGAUAUGGAUGUUGCUGCACUAAUUCAUGCUGAUCCGGAAUUGAAGAAAGUUUAUGAUUAAGGUCCAUCGUAUGUUCCUCUAGGCAAAUCUCUUGUUGAAGUAAAGGAAAGAUUGAGUAGCUUUUGGGACGUCGAGGAUUCUGUUACAACUAUUCACAGAAGGAGUAAUUCUAUUGAUGCGGAGGUUCUCAAGGUACCCCUCUUUAGUUUUUCGGACUUCUUGUUAAACCUGCAUAGAAGAACAUUUAUUUUUGGAAGAACAUUUAGGUUGUGCUGUUUUAAUGUUUCUCUAUCUAUUACAAAUGCUUUUUGUUUUGUUAUAUUAGGGUCUUCUUUAUAUAUAUAUAUCUACAUGCUUAUGUUGCAGUGCAUUGGUUGUGUUUUAAGAACAUCUGCUUGAUGAAUAAAUGCUUUGUUUCUAACUUAGGUUUUGGUCUUACCUGACAUUGUGACCUUUCACUGAAACUAUAUCAAGAUUUUUCUAGGAAAUUGUGUGUUACUUCUUUAUCCAUACUAUGAGCUUUUAUAGUUUUUUGUGGUGAAGGUAUCCUCAUUUUUCAAUGAGGACCCGUGUUUUAAUAACUGGUUAGCAUUUGCCAUGUCCCUUGUUUGGGGCAUAACUUUGUACUCCAGUCAGUUGCUAUUGGUUUAUGUUGUAAAAAAUCUCUUAUAUUCUGAGAUUUGCAUUAACCUUUGUAGCCUCGCUUGCAUAGCUUUUGCCGAGGUAUUUAUGUACACCCUAGCUUGCUUGUAUCUUUUGCUUACGUAACUUUUGCCUGGGUAUUAUACAUCGAAACUUGCUCGUAGCUUUCGUUUGCGUAGCUUUUGCUUAGGUAUUUAUGUAUACCCAAACUUGCUUGCAACUUUUGUUUGCAUAGCUUUUGCUUGGGCAUUUAUAUACACCCUAGCUUGCUCGCAGCUUUCGCUUGCAUAACUUUUGCCUGGGUAUUUAUGUACACCCAAACUUGCUUGCAUCUUUUAGUUUGUGUAACUUUUUCUUGGGUAUUUAUGUACACCUAAAGUUGCUCACAACUUU